UUCAACCCCGUCACGCCUGGUAUUGUUGCAUUGCAAAGAGCAGAGAAAGCACACCACUGCGAGAAUGUCGGUUGAGGUUUCGGAGGCCACGCUGGCCAAUAUCAAACUGCUGUUGAGGGUCACGAUUCUCUUUUCCAUAGCUGCUGCUGCUGUGUCGUCGCGUCUGUUCUCCGUGGUUCGGUUCGAGUCCAUCAUCCACGAGUUUGACCCGUGGUUCAACUUCAGGGCCACGAAGUACCUGGUGUCUCACAGCUACUAUGAGUUUCUCAAUUGGUUUGACGACAAGACCUGGUACCCAUUGGGCAGAGUUACCGGUGGUACGUUGUAUCCAGGCCUGAUGGUGACAGCCGGCUCCAUAUGGCACGGGCUGAGAAAGAUUGGGCUGCCAGUGGACAUCAGAAACAUCUGUGUUAUGCUUGCGCCAGCGUUCUCAGGUGUCACUGCAUACUUCACCUACCUCUUCACCGCAGAGAUUAAGGAUAAGUCUGCUGGGUUAUUGGCUGCUGCGUUCAUGGGCAUUGCGCCUGGUUACAUCUCAAGAUCCGUUGCCGGAUCUUAUGAUAACGAGGCCAUCGCCAUCACCUUGCUGAUGACGACGUUCUACUUCUGGAUCAAGGCUUCAAAGGAGGGCUCUGUGUUUUGGGCAGCUUGGGCAGCAGGCUUCUAUUUCUACAUGGUCUCAGCCUGGGGUGGUUACGUCUUCAUUACAAACUUGAUCCCAUUGCACGUCUUCAUCCUCAUACUUAUGGGACGUUAUAGCCAUAAGCUAUACACCGCUUACUCAACCUGGUACGCAAUCGGUACUCUGGCCUCGAUGCAGAUCCCUUUUGUCGGAUUCUUACCUAUCCGUUCGAACGACCACAUGGCUGCACUUGGUGUCUUUGGAUUGAUCCAAAUCGUAUGCUUUGGUGAAUACAUCCGCUCAAAGGUCCCUUCAAACAAGUUCAAAUCCGUCUUGUUUGUUUCGGUCAUCUUGAUCAUUCUCUUGGGUAUCGCAGGGUUGGUUUCCUUGACAUAUGCCGGAUUGAUUGCACCAUGGACUGGUCGUUUCUACUCGCUCUGGGAUACAAACUAUGCAAAGAUCCACAUCCCAAUCAUCGCUUCUGUCUCAGAACAUCAGCCUACAGCAUGGCCUUCUUUCUUCUUUGACACACAGUUCUUGAUCUGGUUGUUCCCAGCAGGUAUCUUCUUGCUCUUCCAAGAGCUCCGUAAUGAACACAUCUUUGUAAUUGCUUACUCCGUGCUCUGUUCCUACUUUGCAGGUGUUAUGGUUCGUCUCAUGUUGACGUUGACUCCAAUCAUCUGUGUCUCUGCAGCAGUUGCUGUAUCAAAACUGUUUGACGUGUACUUGGACUUUUCUGAUUACCUCAAGGAGGACAAGACCGAGAAACCAAAGGAUGACAAGAAGUCCAUCUUUGACAUCCUAUCGAAGUUUGCAGUUGUCGGUACCUUUGUAUUCUAUCUCUAUUUGUUCGUCUUCCACUGUACUUGGGUCACAUCCAAUGCAUAUUCGUCACCUUCUGUCGUUUUGGCUACAAAGGCCCCAGACGGCUCUCAGCAAUUGAUCGACGACUACCGUGAGGCGUACUAUUGGCUCCGUAUGAACACACCAGAAGAUGCCAAAGUUGCAGCUUGGUGGGAUUACGGCUACCAAAUUGGAGGUAUGGCAGACCGUACAACGUUGGUGGACAACAAUACUUGGAAUAACACCCAUAUCGCUACUGUCGGUAAGGCUAUGUGCUCCAAUGAAGAGGUUGCCUACAAGGUGUUGAAGCAGCACGAUGUUGAUUACGUGUUGAUCAUAUUUGGUGGUAUGCUUGGAUUCUCCGGUGAUGACUUGAAUAAGUUCUUAUGGAUGAUCCGUAUUGCCCAAGGUAUUUGGCCCGACGAGGUGAAGGAGAGAAGCUUCUUCACUGAGAGAGGAGAGUACAAGGUUGGUCGAGAAGCCACGCAAACAAUGAAGGACUCUUUACUGUACAAGAUGUCCUACCACAGGUUUGUUGAUGUCCAUAUGAGAAGUGGCAGACCAGCAGUGGACAGAGUCCGUAGUCAAGUCAUCUCAGAGGAGCCUGAACUCAACGUUGUCGAAGAGGCAUUCACAUCAGAGAACUGGCUGGUGCGUAUUUACAAGGUUAAAGAUCUCGACAAUGCAGGCCGUGACUUGAGGGAAGCCAGCUCUUUCGAAAGACAAGCUGCUGCUGGCAUCAAGAAGAGAACUGCAAAGCGUCCAGCUCUUGACAUCCGUGAAUGAUCUCAUCGCAAAGAAAAGAUGGGUACAUUGUAUAGUAUAUAGCGAUGAAAAAAGACAACAAUUGAGCUUUCAUAGAACUCUUCUUGCAAAGCAGUAUGGUAGUGAUUCGUUCAAAAUGGUGUUCAAUGUGCUUUAUAGCUCAUCUAUAAUCAACUGCAC